AAUUAGCCUUUCUAAUAUCAUCAGACUGAACCGGGAACUUCUUCUUUUGGAUGAAAAUUGCACUACAUGCAGUUCACCGCAAGAUGUCGCCAAAGACUAGUUUCUGUAAUCGGCGGUGACCAGUCUGAAAACUGUAGCUAUAUCAGCGCCACCUCAUGGACGGAAUCCGCCAGUACAACGCGCCUGGCAGCAGAUGAAGAAUUCAAGGGCGGAAUCGAAUGUAUCCCAGUUUCCUUUUUCCACACAUUGUAACCCACUUUCGGCGCGUCACAUUCAAACAAAACUUCCACUCCAUCGUCCAGUUUGAUGCGGACACCUCCUGGACUCCUUUUCUCCCUAAAAAAAAUUCCCUGAUCCCCGGUCAGUCGUCUCCUGUAGGAUAAGCAAUACGAUCUGCUCCCCAACUCCAUUCUCUAUUUUUGUGCUUCCUUGUGCUGCCAAGCCCCUGACGUAAUGCUCCGUGUUAAUUAUUAGCAUGUGGGAAGCGAUGCCGAGACUCUCCUCUGCUGCUUAAACAAGAGCGACUGACUGCGGGGAGAAAAACCUCGUCAAGAUGGCCAAACACACUGACCCAGAGUGAAGGGGCACCGCUCCCCGUCCCGUCCAGUCCUGUCCCGCGACCAGCACCAAUGCAACUGCGCCUUUAGAAAGGAGAUGUUCUCAGUGGAAAAUGCCAUCAAGACUAAAGCUGGAUAGUCACUGUAUGCUGGAGGAAAGCUGAGGAACGUUUUGUAAGCCCCAAGUGGCCAGAGGGUUGGAGAGCUCCAACGAAUACCAUCUCCAAAGCUUCAAAAAGGGAUUCCCUACCGCCAAGCCUAACUCCAAAACCCAAGAACAAAAAUGCAAUACAUUGGUACCCACUAGCAAAUAACAUCUCAAAGGACUGUUUUCUGUCAAACCUCAAGUAAAGGUGAAAACAAGUGUGUUUUUGGAUACGUCUGCGUGGUGAAUCUCUAUUGAGCUGCAAAGCAUUGUCACUGGGUCGUGGCCAUCUCUCUCUCCCUCUCAACGAACCCAAGUCUUGGUACCGUGAGCCUGCCCACCAGAUCAUGAUGUUUCGUGACCAGGUGGGAGUCCUCGCCGGCUGGUUUAAGGGAUGGAAUGAGUGCGAACAGACGGUGGCGUUACUGUCGCUGCUCAAGCGGGUCAGUCGAACCCAGGCACGCUUCCUUCAGCUCUGUCUGGAGCAUUCCUUGGCUGAAUGCACCGAGCUGCAUGUUCUGGAAAGGGAGGCCAAUAAUCCAGUGGUGAUCAGUCAGUGGCAGAGUGAGCCAAAAGAACGGGUCAUCUCUCUGGUUCUGACCCACCUGCCUCUCCUCAAACCCGGCAACGUCGAGGCCAAGGUGGAGUACAUGAGUCUCCUGCCGAAGAUCUUGGGCCACACCAUCGAACAUGGCCGGCACUUAGAGGAAAGCAGGCAGCUUCUGUCCUACGCCCUCAUCCACCCUGCAACCUCCCUCGAGGACCGGGGGAACCUCGCCCUCUGGCUCAACCACCUGGAGGAGCGGGCGGCCGCCCGAGGAGCCGGGGACUCCCUUGAGCGUGUGCCUUCAUCUCACCACGGACAGCCUCCGCACCUCUACCCCCACCACCAGCGCUAUGGGUCGGACGACCGUCUCAACGGCUGGCAGAGCUCGAGGGACUCUGGGCUAGGAAGUUGGCAGCAGCAGCAACAGGGCUGCGAAAACGGGCACCUCUCACUGUACCCAUCAUCCUCCGUGCCCUCCACUAUCAACGCUGUAGGUACAGGCAGUGGGACCAACACAAUCACGGCGCAUGUCUCUUUUCUGGCAGUUCUGUCGGGUGGACAGCACAGUCCUCUGCGGCGUUCGGUGUCUCUGACCCCUCCGAUGAGCGGCGGAUCUAACCAGCCUCUGGGGCACGGAUGGCUCUCCCAGGAGGACCUGCGUCCCCGUGGGCCGGCCCCCGACCACGCCCCCAUCUCUCCUCAGAGCAGCGUGGCGUCCUCGGGCAGCGGCGGCAGCGAGCACCUGGAGGAGCACGCCGCUGUCCGAAGUACAUUCCAUGAGGAGGGCAGCGGGAUGAGGGAUGUGCCGGCAUGGCUGAAGAGUCUCCGUCUACACAAGUACGCUGGACUCUUCUCCACCAUGACCUAUGAUGAGAUGAUGUCGCUGACGGAGCAGCAGCUGGAAGCUCAGCAAGUCACCAAAGGGGCACGGCACAAGAUUAUCAUCAGUAUUCAGAAGCUGAAAGACAGACAAAACGUGCUGCGCUGUUUGGAGAAGGACAUUUUGGAGGGAGGGAAUCUACGUGCUCCUUUGCAGGAGCUCCACCAGAUCAUCCAGACGCCCAUUAAAGUCUGCAGCACAGAGGAGUCUUCACAGCGCCACCUGCUGAGUGCAGAGGGGAAGAGCAGCAUCGCCAGUUCCCACCUGGGCGGAGGAGAGACGGAGGGCAGCUCCACGGUCAUAGCCGAGGGAGACAUCCCCGCUCAGUUCACUCGCGUCAUGGGCAAAGUUUGCACACAGCUCCUCGUCUCUGGGUCGGAUGAGGAGAACAUUAGUUCCUACCUACAGCUCAUUGAUAAGUGCCUAAUCCAUGAGGCCUUCACAGAGACACAGAAGAAGAGGUUGUUGUCUUGGAAGCAGCAGGUGCAGGUGCAGUUCCGGUCAAUUUCACGGAAAACUCUCCUGGACCUAACAGGACAGAGAAGAAGUCGUUACGGUCAGUCCAACUCCCUCCCAACCACGGGAUGCGUAGGCAGUGGCGUUCCCACCCGGAGGAACCUCCGCCAGUAUCAGAUGCGGAGUUUGCCUGGUGUCAGACCCAUCCUUUUGGGUACCACCGGCCUGUUCGGACCAACCCCCCGAAGCGGCAGCAGCACCCCUACCGGCCUGAAGCAGGGAAGACAGGGUUUGUGGUUUGCCAAUCCAGGGGGCAGUAACAGCAUGCCCAGCCGCACCCACAGCUCAGUUCAGAGGACUCGAUCGCUACCCGUCCACACCAACCCACACACCAUGGCCAUGUUCCAGCAAACAGAUUUACAGGUGCCUGUGACUGAGCCUGACAUCAAUAACCGUUUGGAGUCUCUGUGUCUCAGCAUGACUGAACACGCUCUGGGAGAUGGUGUUGAUCGAACUUCAACCAUCUGAGAGAAGAGAAGAAAAGAGGGAGCACAGGGACACGGCAUGCCUGGCAGCAGGGUGAAAGGUCAUCACGAGGUCACGAGACCCUCUGCCUAUAACUCCCCUCCCCCCCUCCACCUGCUCACCUACCAACGCCAAAUAGCCAAUAGGAGAGGUGGGGCGUGGUCUACACAGCGCCAUUCACCAUUUUCUGAAAGGCUUAACACAAGCAAGUUCUGUCACCAUGACUACUUCAGCGUGUUUACAUUCGAGUUUGGGAGAAAAUCACAUCUUCAACACUUCCUUAGAAGAACGCCGCAAAGGGUCUACGUGUCGACAGGCCAUUAGAGGGGGUCCGUAAUGCAACGGAGACAACUCAAAGUGUUCAGGUGGCUGUCUGGGACGUCACGAACUCCAAACCAACCAGCGGACAAAACCAGAUCAUGACUUAGUUGCAGAUUGGAUUUCUGUGCCUCUGUGCAGAUGCUAAAAAUAUUACGUUAUAGCAUGUUUACACGUAAUACUGUCAACAAAAUCCGAAGUCAUUUUUUUCAGGUGCGAGCGUUGUCAAAAUCCGAGGACGGUGCACAGCUUUAGGUUCCUAAAUGGCUUCUUAGUUUACAAUUGUGUUUGUAUGUACUGUUUUGUUCUAGUUUUCGUUUGUGCCAGCAGGAAAGCUGAUUUACAACACUACAAUGACAGUCAGAGCUACGGAUGGUACUGAGAAGAAAGAGAGGGAACGUGAGAGCAGCGAUGGGAAAGGAAACAGGAAGUGAUGUCAGUGCAAGGGUCUGUAGAGGGAGCAAGGAAUGUCGUACAUGGAUUCUGACGUGAGGAACAGUCGAGGGAGGUCAGGAGGUCAGAGAAGUGGAAUACAGGAGAAAUGCCAGCAAAUGCAAGUAGAUGGAAAGGUUGAAGAGGAGCAGGUGAACAUGGAGGUCAGAGGUGAGGUGCGCAGAUCCAGACAGAAUAUGCAGAUAUAUAUAUAGAUAUAUAUAUAUAUAUAUAUAUAUAGUAAUAUUUUUGUAAAAUAUCUAUAAUUUUUUAUUUAAAUAUAUUUGUAAUAUUUUAUUUAUAUUUUAAUUAAAUUGAUUAAAAUAUAAAUAAAAUGUUAAAAAUAUAUUUAAAUAAAAUUAAAUAAAUCGAAGAAAAAAAAUUAUAUGUGUUAACUAUUUUUAGUGGAGAAUUUGUGGUAAACAUGGUAAAAUGUGUUAGACCUUUUAUUUGUGUCUGAAAGGAUAAACAUGCUUGGGAGACGUGCACAACUUCAUGAAUGAUGUUCGUUCAGAUACACAAAUAUCUUUUUAUGCAUGUAAUUUUUUUUUUAUCUGUAAAUGCACAGCCGUAGAUUGAUCGUUUCGCGAUUUUGGGAAGAUUGCAGGUGUCGUAUGGAUGUUUUCAGCUGGUUUCUGUGUAUUUGGGAUAUCACAUCGCGUGGUACACUGUGUCAGUAGACUGUUGGAGAAACAGGGAGAAAUAUACAGUUUAUCACAUGAGGAAAACACUAAUGCACCAGUUUCUAGUACAGAGCGCCAUCAUGUGGUGAAACUGUGCAAUAAUUACCAAUAAGUGAGGCUAGAGUCUUUUUUUUUUACAGUAUUGUCUUAAUAUCAGCCAUUAGUUAAUCAUGCCAGGUAUAAAAAGUAGAACGUUUACAAUAAGAAAUGAGCUUUUAGUUUUGGACUCUUACAAGUGAAGAUCUGAUUUUCUGCAUGGGAAGGGUCUGAAAGUUUUUUUUUUUUUUUUUGCUUUAAUUGUUUUAAUCUGGGACAUUAAAGUCCCUUUAUGAGGGUGUUCAGUGAUUGGUAAUGUAUCUUAUUUAGAGUUUUUCAUAUAAUAACUUUGCUUUUCCUGCCCUUGGUGCUGUGAAUCCUUGCUGAAACCAUCAAAAGUGAAUUUGCAAUAACGUGCAAUAGACUCUGCAUCAGCAACACGGUGUGAAUCAUAGGGCUGAGGGGGAACUGGGGGUCCCGGAAAGAGGAACUGGACUAACAAACCCCGCCCUCUCCUCCAAAUCUCCCACAAUUCCCGUAUUCGCAGGCCUACAACUUGACGCACCUACCCACACCUCAAGUGUUUAAUGCUUUUUGGCUCAUCCAAAGAAACCAGUCAUGAUUAAACAGACAGUAAAGAGGCACUUUCACAUCCGUUGAGUGGCGACCGAUGAGGUUCAAGCUGCCUAAAAGAAAGAAUGUUGACUAUGCAGUGUGUCGGCUUGGUGCCUCCAAACUAGUGCUUUUAAAGUGCAUGAAAUGCCUUAAACGGAAUGGUAGCCGGUGUUUUACAAGCGUGUUAGCAAACCAUCAUGUGGCAUCUUGUGCAUCUUGUUUCUAGAGGUGCAUUUAUUUGUGUGUAUUAAGCCACUCAUCACUGCCAUUUGAAAACAAUUAGCAGAUUCAAAUGAUUAUUUAUUCUUUUCUAUUAUUGAUGCAGAGGUUAUUGUAUUCAUUAGAUGUAUUAUUUAAGAUACCUUGUGUAUUAACUUUUUUGCUAUGGCUGGUAACCAUAAGUACAUCUCAAAUAACAACCUAGUUAUUUUUUGACGUUUUGUUUUCCCAAUUUGCAUUAAAAAAAAAAAAAAAAAACGUACCUGAUAGUCAAAAGACAUAUCAGUUUUUUGUUAUGUUGUUUUAAUAUUGCUGUUUUACUUUCUUUCUUGUAUCUAUAAAUGCUUAUAUUUUGCUAACACUGCCCGGAUUGUGUAUUUUAAAUUUUAAGGAGUUUUUUUUUUAUAUAUAUUGUCACACGUUGUAAACAAAGAGCCAGUUUUUUUUUUUUUCCUCCUCCUUUUUGAGAUUUCGCUGUUAUUCUGUUGCUGUUUUUCACCUCAGCUGUAGUUACGGUGUUUGAUGCCAAAUACUUACGGCGUAGCGUCAUUGCGUAGUUCUUUACGGUGCGUUUCCACUACAGCGUCAAAUCUGCGCUCAGUGCCGCUGGCAACGCCUCUAAAAACAAUGUUUACACCCUGUUUGCGUUUCAGCUUCCUCUUUUCACAGCGAUUGGUUGUCGCCCGGCGUUUUUCGCUCGAUAUUUGCAUAAAGUCGAGCAAUGCCCAACAUUUUUGACGCUCUCGGCCGCUCUCAACGCUUUCUCCGCGCCACUUUCAAUCCCAUAAUACAUCGCGCGAGCGUUUAAGCUCAACUUUCAUAGAAAUGAAUUGAAAACGCUCGCUCCGCUCCGCUCGCUGCGGGCCAGUGGAAACGCACCGUGACGAAGAAUGCUGCUCGCUUGUGAUUGGAUAACGAAGAAUGAUGCGUAUUCAGCUCUGGUUUGUUUAAUGUUUUUCAGAUUCGUUCCCUCGUUGCGAACAAGUUUGUUUUUGUCCAAAUGCGCUCGACUGCAAACAUGCAGCAAAAUACAAUGCUGUAACAGUGUUAACAUUUACAUGUUGCCUUGGUAUUCCGAAAAAUAAAAAUAAAACUAGCAUUUUAGUGUUUUGUAAAAGGUUUUGCGCGUUAGCAUAUUGGAAUUGUGAUGCUGAUCGAUUUUAUUUUUAUUUGAUUUUUUCCCCUUUAUUCUGAAGGGUCUUGCUUUACUACGCUCUUUGAUUUUUGUUUUUUAUUUGAUUUUUUCGUGUUAUUUUCAAGAGCCGAUGUCCUGUAUUGACUGCAGGCUGACGUACAUAUACAUAUAUAAAAUAUAUAUAUUUUAAAAGAAUCUUAUGUUUAUGAAACGAUAAAACCAAAUAAAAACCGCGGAAAAAAUAAAUAAAACACGAAAAAAAAAAAAAAGUAAUUUAUAUUUUAGAGAUGCAUGCAAGAGGCUGGGAAGUCAUAUCUAGAAUAACAAAUGGCAGUGCCUUUUUUUGUAUUCAGACAUUUACCCCAAAUGUAAAUGAUUUUAUAUGGCUCUAAAAUAUAGAGAUAAGCAAGACGCAUUGAUGGUCGAAACUUCAAAUCAUACAAAGUUCAUACGAGCUGAUUCUGAUGCGUUUGCUCAGAAGGAGCGUGCUGGUAGUUCAUGGGAAUCUGUAUGCUUUAGGUACUUCAGUGCUGUUAUGAAGUUAUGAUUAUAUCUGUCUGUACAACACAGAGAUGUGUAUAUAUUUUUUGUUUGUAUGUGUGCGAGUGUGACACUGUACGUGUAUCCAGGUGAGAAACUGGAUUGUCUUGUAAUUUUUGUACAUAUUCUUUCUUAUUUGCAUCAUAACAUGGAUGGUUUCAUUAGAGGCUGUUUUUUCCUGUUACCUGAGGCAUCACAGCUCGUGUUACGUCUCUCUGCUCAUCUUACUGAAAUAAACAUGACUUUAGUCAAUAAAGAGAGGGAUUCUGUAAUCUCUUUCCCUCUUUGGUUCGUGGCCUUGUGAGUGUGUGUUUUUGUGCGUUAAUGGGAGAUUAUGUUGUUUGUGUGUGUGAUGUUCUGUCCGCCAACUGAAUGUGUUUUUGUCUGUUUCAUUGGGUCUGUGUUAAGUGCUUGACAUCUUUGUAAUAACCACAGACGAAAAGUAUUAAAGAGUAACUUUUGAAAAGGACGCUGUGUGUUUCUUUCAUUUUCAAAGCAGCUGUUGAAUGGUAUGGUCUGGAGGAAGCUUUGCUCAUAUAUUCAGAGUAACUAACCACAUGAGUCUGUGAGGAAUUUACUGCCUCCUCUUGGUUUUAACCAAUCAGAGAGCUCGAGACAGAUUUUUAUUGCCAAGAGGCGGGGAUUUCUGUGAAGAACAAAAAGAGAGAGAGAAAUGCUGAGUCACUCUCGUGUUUUAUGAACUCAUUUAUGAUGAGCCAAUGGAAGUGUCACAUAGAUGGGCAGUGUUGUUCAUGGAAAAUAUGGGAAAGAAUUAGGAAGUGAUUUUGUGUGUGUGUGGAACUGAAAAAGAUCAUUAAAAAGUAGGAUUUCACCAUGAAAAUAUUUGUUCAAAAAAACAAAAAACUAAUUGGGCUUCUGCUGCCUGACUAAACUACUUUCGUGGUUGAGGAAACAUCACGUUUAAAUAAAAGAUUGAGAUUAGAAUAUUGAACUCUAAAGGAAAGAAGCCAUUUUUCAUAUUUAGCAUUUAUUUAUUAUACAGUAAUUUCACAAAAUUCUCCCUCCUCAGAUUUCAUUUUUUCAUUAAAGACAAAAAAAUAAAAAUAAAAUAAGUGUCUUACAGUAACGAGAAUCUUUUUUUAACAUUACAAUGACAAUUUGUUUUUCUUUUGAAUUUGGGGUAAAAUAUGACAUUUGUGUGAUCCACCCUUUAAUGUUUCUUGUCUUUUGCUUACUAACCCCCUCAACAAAAACUACAUUUAAACUUUAAAAAUAACAAGAACAUUCUAUAUAUUUUCCACAAGAUCUUUUAUUAUUUUAAGCUGAAAAUGAUGAUGAACAUCAAUAGUAAAUAUUUGAAAGGCUCUUUGAGUCUUUCGUUUAAAGAAGGCCACAUGAAUAACACUCAGUUCUCAAUAUCAAGUGCUCAUUUUCUUAAUGAAUCCACUGAUAUGACGCGAUUGUGACAUUGAACAUCUCAGAUACCGUCUGGCUCAGUUUCAUCUGAACUCAAUGUUUCAUAAUGAAAAAAAAAGUCACUACACGGGCAAUACAACAGUAUCAGUAAAUCCACAGUAUCUGUCAUUUUUGAGGUUAAUAUAAUUUACUACAAUGAUACAUAUGUAUAUAGUUUAAAUUGUAACUCAAAAGCACAUACCCAAGCACAGGUAAACAUGCAUCAGAGGAAA